AUGCGUGAAGCUUUUAUUCUUGCUCACAAGCAACCACUUUCCACUUAUGCAGUUGAGAACAUGGACUUUGUCUUGGAAUAUGGACUCUACAACGUCGGAGAUAAGCCAGCCCAAAAAGUCACUAUCGACGAUCGCCACUCUUUCCCAACCAACUCCUUUGAAAUCGUCAAGGGACUUCUCCACGUUCACUAUGAGAAAAUCCCAGCAGGAAGCAACGUGACCCACUCGGUCGUCAUCCGCCCAAGAGCCUUUGGAUUCUUCAACUACACCGCUGCUCAGGUCACCUACUACACUGAUAACGAGAACCUUCACGUAACCUUGACCAACACCCCAGGAGAAGGAUACAUUUACCGCCAACGCGAGUACGACAGAAGAUUCGCUCCAAAAUACACCUAUUUCAUUGUCUUCUUCCUCAUCAUUGCUCCAACCACUUUCGGAUCCUUCUUGCUUUUCCAACAAUCCAAAUCCCGCUUUCCAGUCAUCAUCAAGAAGAAGACCACUUAA